AUGUCGGACUACGUCGUCGUCGCCUGCGCGGCGCCGACGCUGGCCUGGGCCGGCGUCGCCGCAUGCCGCUUCAUCAGAACCGCCGCACCGGAGGCGCUCGGCGUUGCGGCGUUUUGCGUCGUCCUCGUCGCCUUGCUCGUCGUCAAGGACGCGACGCCGCUCGACGACCCGCCGCCGCGGCGCGUCGCGCCGCGCGAGCCGCCGCCGGAGCCGCUCGCGCCGGCGUCGCUCCUCGACAUCCUGCGCGAGGACAUAAAGCGCCGCGGCCGCCGCGUCUGGUCGCACCACCGCGAAGAGACCGCCGAGGUUCAACGCUACUUCACGCGCGCGAAAUGGAGGCACUUCGUCGAGGAGCGCAACUACGCGACGCUGGUUCGCUUGCAGCAUAAGGCGAGCCGCCGCGUGGGCUGCGUCAUCCUCGGCGACUCCUACUGCGACGACUUCGCGACGAAGCAGCGAAGCUGGCCCGGUCGAGUCUACGACGCCGUCGUCAGACCGAAGCACCUCGCGUGCGUCAACGUGUCGUUCGGCGGCGCCCAGUCGCCGGACCUCGUGCCCCAGGUGCGCCUCGCGCGCCGGGCCAUCGCCGACUGGCGCCUCGAGCUCGACGACGACUUGCUGGUCGUCGUCCACAACGGCGGCAACGACGUGCUGAAGAAGAUCGUGCGGUACUGGUGGCCGCUGUGGUUGGACAUGCUCCGUCUCUUGCUCUGGAGCUCGAAGCCGGCGUGCCUGCGGCGCUUCUGCGGCGCGCGGCGCGGGACCGUCGACUUCCGGCGCGCGCUCGGCCCGUCGUUCUUCGGCGCCGCCGCGCCCGUCGCCGUCGCGUCCGUGCGCCGCGCGGUCCUCGACGUCGCCGCCGCGUGGCGGCCGAAGACCAUUGUAGUCUCGGGCAUGCCCAUCUGCGGCGCGCUUCCGCUGGCCCAAGGGCUCAUGAAGGUCUGCCUCUUCCGGACCGUGCCGUCGGACGUCUCGAAGCGCGCCGUCGACGGCCUCGGCGCCUGGCUCAACGAGCUGCACCUCGAGGUCGUGCGCGACGUCCAGGCCGCGUACCCGGAGUGCCGCGUCGUCUUCUUCGACGAGGCCGCGGCGAUCACGGCGCGCGACCGCGAGGGCUUCUGGAUGGACACGUACCAUCCGACGUCCGAGGGCCACGGCGCCGUGGUCCCGGACGUCCUCGCGGCCCUCGGCGUCGAGGCGAUCGCGCCGGCGUCCGCGCCGACGCGGGCCCCGCGGGAAGCGUCGCCGGUGCCCGCGCCCGCGGCGCGGAAGACGUCGCCCGCGCCGCCGCGGGAGACGAUCCCCCUGGGCGGCGGCGCGUGGCGCGACGACCGCGGCGGCUACCUCGACGCGCUCGACGCGCCGACGACGUUGCCGCCGCCGCCGCGGGGGCCCAUGGGGCGUCGCCGAUGGGGGUCCCCGGCGCCCGCGCCGCGGCCGGACCGCGCGAUGCGGAUGGCGCGCGCGAGCCGCAGGGCAGGACAAGGGUGA